GAAUAGAUUUCCGGAACCCAGACCAGGCAAGUCAUAGGCGGGAUUUCACAAGGUUUGGCGCCAUUUCUGCUGACUCUUCGUUGUUUUACGUAAUUUCUUAGUUAUUUAAGCAAUUGAAGCUCUAAUAGUGUCAAAUCUGCCUGAAAAAUGUUCGAAGCACGUCUUGUUCAGGGAAGCAUCUUGAAAAAACUUCUUGAUGCCAUAAAAGAUCUGCUGAAUGAGGCGCCAUUGGACUGUAGUGAAACCGGCAUCUCCCUACAAGCUAUGGAUAGCUCUCACGUCUCUUUAGUGUCAUUAAACUUGAGAUGUGAUGGUUUUGAUACGUACAGAUGCGAUAGAAAUAAAUCGAUGGGCAUAAAUUUAGUCAGCAUGACAAAGAUUUUAAGAUGCGCGGGAAAUGACGAUGCUAUAACUAUCAAAGCUGAUGAUAACGCAGACACCGUAACUUUCGUGUUCGAAGCCCCAAGUGGCGAUAAAGUAUCUGAUUAUGAAAUGAAAUUGAUGGACAUCGAUCAAGAACAUUUAGGGAUUCCAGACACAGAAUAUAGCUGUGUCGUUAAAAUGCCAUCUGCAGAAUUUCAAAGAAUUUGUCGAGAUUUAUCACAAAUCGGCGAAUCCGUAAAUAUUUGUUGUACAAAAGAUGGAAUUAGAUUCUCCGCUUCGGGAGAUCUGGGAACUGGAAAUAUUAAACUUGUGCAAACGGCUAAUGCCGAUAAAGAAGAGGAAAAUGUAACAAUCGAGAUGACAGAAGCUUGUACACUAACAUUCGCUCUUCGCUAUUUGAAUUUUUUUAGUAAAGCUACUCCACUAUCUCCAAGCGUAUCACUUAGCAUGUCUGCCGAUGUCCCUCUUGUUGUCGAGUAUAAAGUUGGAGAUAUGGGACAUAUUCGCUACUACUUGGCUCCCAAGAUCGAAGACGAUGCCGAUUAA